AUGAUCCGUCUACAGUUAUGCAUUGCCAUAGCAACUUUUAUACUACAAUUACAAUCCGUUCAAAGUUAUCCAGCUUAUGCACCAGAUCCAGGCGUAGAUUCUGAAAGUCUGACGCAUUAUGUAUAUCUUGUGAGAGAUAGGAACAUUCAAAUAGAUCCUGAUGCAAGCAACUAUGUAUAUCUGGUGAAGGAUGAUGAUAAAUGUGCAAGAAAAAGGGGCCGGAAACCACCCAACAGAGACCGGAUCGGCUCGGGUGUAGCAACUGUGGAACCAGAAAUGGAUGAUAACGAUAGUCCGAAUGAAAAACUAUUCUUCGGCAAAUCGCUUUGGAAAAUUAUAAGUAAGAUCGGAAAGAAGAUCGGCAAAGAAAUCGUCAAAGGAAUUGAAUAUGCUUUCAAGAAGAUACCGAGUGCGACGAUAGAUGCAACUCCUGGUAUUGUGGUUGAUCAGAUUAAAUCUUCCAAACAAAUCUAA